GCGGCCCUCACACCUGUAUGAUAUAUCUGACCCCAGACCAUCAAUAUGACCACGUUCAUCAACCGAACCUCCAACUACCUUGGUCUUUCAUCGUAGGAGCUCUUUCUUUCGAGGUUCCUGCUUAUGUUCACUAUGUAGCUGCCUAUAUAGCGAUUAACCAAUGUAAUCAGCUUCAUUCCUUUUACGUCUUCUAUAUAGUAUUUCAUAGCUUGCAUCUGAAAUUGUGAAAUAUGUCAUCAUAGCAAUCGAUCCUUUAGCCGGAGAUAUAUAUUUCCCGCUUAACAGAUGUAUCGGCAAGUGAUCUACAAC